CUAUGUUAUUCCCGUUCUAGUGGACUAUAUGUCCACUACAAGGUCAUUUGGACUUCGGCCAGAGUUCAUCCUGAUCCUCCAGAACAGUGUUGUCAGUGCUGGGUGGUAUUUGUACAGGAUUAAUUUGUAGCUAGAUAUGCUUUGCUAAAUCUAGAAAAUGUCAACAGCUGCCUCAUUUAACCCGGAAGCACUUUCUGGAGGUCACGAUGGGAAAUAAAGUUAGCAGUGGCAAGAUGGCCGCCGCCACUCGGGUCGUGCAGGUUGUGCGACCCCAUGCACCACUUAUCAAAUUUCCAAAUCGUCAGGGCCUGGCCAAGCCAAACGUACAAGAAGCACUUAAGCUGAUCAUAAGCACCACCCAGCACACACCUGCACCUGCAUCUGCCCCAGUAGCAGCACAAUCAGCUCCACCACCUGCACGACCUGCAGGACACACCAGUCGACUCCCUGGCACACCAGACAGCAUCGCCGUGGUUAAAGAGCUGCCACAGAGAUACCGGCGACGGCCCAUGGCACUUGAGGAAAUGGACUAUAUUCAGCGAGGCGGGCCGGAGUGACGGAUCAUUGUCUAAUCCUGCCGGCGCUGAUAACUGCGAGAAAAGGUUUUAUAUCGUUGCCUCGUGUUCUCCUCAUGAAAAGAGUUUCACUCUUCUAGAGUUAUUGUUCUAAUGUACAUAGGGAUGAUUUGAAAUAUAAUUAUUCAAUACUUAAUACAAUAAUUUUCCUCAUCACUUCACACAGUGUUGUUUGCAGCAUGGUUUUUUAUUAUAGCAAGUUACUACUUUCUAGGUUCACUGUAUUAAACCAACAUUGCAGUUAGUUAUUACUAUUAAAGCUGGAUAUUUUCACUACUUCAACAUUUAAGCCAGACUCCUCAGUUGUACACUUUCUUUUUCAAUCAGACAUCACAGUAGGCUCAGUUUGUUCGUCUGGUACAAGAUGUACAAUGAUUAUUCUGCAUACUGUGUAUAAAUCUGCAUUAUUAAAUGCAAAUUAUAUAAAUCA